AUGUCGCGCUCAUCAGAUACCCCAGCCGAAGACACACGUACGCGUCUCCGCGCUACAGCCACAGCAUUCACGCCGCAAGCCAAGACCAGUGCAUCAGGGGCACUUUUCCACGAGGGCGAAAACGAGCCAUGCCUCCAGAAUGACAAGAUCAAGCAGCUAUACACGUCAUCUGUAAUCAGCGAAGCACCAAGCGAGUCCCCAAACGAAUCGCGCCCUACAAGCUCAGCACAUGCGUGUCCCACGUGCUCCCAACUGACGCAAACGCUCGUAUCACUUAGCCACGCGCAGGCCAAUCUCAAGUCGCAACUGCAGCGCCUGGAGCGCGAAACCCCCGUGGAAAAACUAAGCCGACUCUGCGCGCAGCAUGACGCCGAGAUCAAGACGCUGAAGGAAGAAGUAGAUGCAUUGGCCAAGCAAGAUGAAGCGCUCAAGGUGGAGAUUGCGGGGGACGAGGAAAAGCUGAGGGGAUUAGAGAAGGAGGUGACAAAGCUGAGACCAAAGGAGGCGUUUACGGUUGUGGUUAGGGAGGGAAAGAAGAAGUGA